AUGUUCUGCCGAUACCAUCAGCACAAUAGCCAUAACAUCGAGGAGUGCAUAAGUCUGAGGAAAAUCGACGAGCGUUUUAUUCGGGAAGGAAAACUGGAUCAAUACAUUGCCAGACCACCACAAGCGCCAGUUCCAAACGUAAAUCGGCAGAUCAACAUGAUCAACACCAUCGUUGGAGGUCCCACACUCGCUGGUAUAUCCAACCGGUUGAGGAAGCAGUAUGUUCGAGUAGCACAAUACUCUCAGGUCUUCGGCAUAGAGGUCAACCGACAUCAUAAAGCACUGAGGGUUAGGUGGGAACCCAUCACCUCCAAACAGAAUUUAUCGAGUUCUUACGGCAUCACUUGGAGGUGUUCGCCUGGGCUUAUAACGAUAUGUCAGGCAUUUCCCCCGAGAUCAUUAGCCACAAGCUCAGCAUCUCCCCCGCUUACAAAACUGUGCGUAAAAAGCGUUGUUUGUAUGACACCGAACGAUACGAGGCCAUGA